UUGCCUCUGGGUUCCAGGAUAGCACUUGAUCUAGUCAGCUAGUUGGCUUUGGAGAUUUUUAAUUUUUUUUUUUUUAAAUUUUGAGACAUGGUUUUCAUUGUUUAUCCCUGGCCAUCCUAGAACUUGCUGUAUAUACCAGGCUGGCUUAGAACUCAGAUAUCCACCUGCCUCAGCCUCCAAAGUGCUGGGAUUAAAGGCAUUGCUCCUUACUGCCUGGCUUAAAUUUUCCAAAAUUAAUAUUAUUUUAUCUUAUAUGUGCGUUUUGCCUGCCUGCGUGUAUGUACGUGUCCCUGUUGAGGUCAUAAGGCAUCAGAUCCCCUGGAGCUGGAGUUAUAGUCAGUUCUGAACCACCAUGUGGUUGCGGGGCCUCUGCAAGAGCUGCUAGUCUUUUAAUCACUUAGCUCUCUUUCCAGCAGUGUGACUUAUUUACAUUUUAUUACCACUUUGUUUAUGUGUAUGUGAUGGGGGGGGGGUAUCACACAUGUGUGGUGUGUGUGCCAUGUUCUAAGUCAGAAGCCAACUUUCCAACAUCCUUUCUCUUUCCACAGUGGGUUAUGGGGAGGGAAUUCUGGCUAAUCAGGUUUGCAUAGAAAACACAAGCACUUUUACUGAAAAGGCAUCUCACUAGCCUAAUUCUGAAAAUUUUAUUGAUGAUCUUAGAAAGAGUGAUACUCCUUACACUGAGUUGCUUAACUAUUAGGAUUUAAAUUUGAAUCUAUGGAAAACCAUCUUGCCACACCAAGAAGACUAGAGCCCCUCUGUGGGUGAAAGCGACCGACCGCACGAGUAGAGUACAAUCACAGAUGACAAGCUAUAGACAUAAUCUUUUGGGCCCUGUCAAUGAUCCCAAUCUACUCUGGCCUUUUCAAUUACUUCAGCUGUAGUGACGCUGGAUCAAUGCGAGCUUGGGUUGCUAGAAGGUAUUUGUGCGCAAGGUCUCAACAGCACUUUGUACCUUACUUCGUCAUCCCUCUAACUUGCCCUGAAGCCUCUCUUGAACUUCAAGCUCUAUCUCUAUGUACCUACUGAUGACCCGCAAGCAUGUCCAAAACUGACCUCACUAUUGCUGUCCCAACUUUAGUUCCCGUCUAAGGUAGAGCCCUCCAGGACCACCUUGUCCCUUUCCCCUAAAAGACCAAGGUCGUUAAGUUCAGGCUCCGCCCACUCCACUCGGCCUCCCAAGGUCACCGCUACAUCGCUCGCCAGAUCCCUGGGGGCGGUGUCCGUGUACCCCUCGAUGCAGGGCCAGGCGCUCUAGGCUGCAGCCAGCUCUUCAAAGAGCUUUAUCAUCUCGCUGAUUUCUUUUAGUGGGCGGCUACUCUCUCCGCUCAAGUGGCUUCUCUAUGGUUAACUUCUCGCCUUUGUCUAGAAUUUGCUUCGGAUGACGGACCCAACGCCUUCCCACAGCUGCCUCAGUGGUUCCUUUUAGGUACAACUGCCGAAGCCACGGGAGCUUAGUGAGACCUGUGUUGGCGUAGCUCCUGAAAACCUCGGCGCCGAGAACGAUGGCGGAAGUGAAUACGAAGGUGCCCUCCUUCUUACUGCUCUUCUCUAUGGUCGCUUCCUUCCGCGUCGGGGAACCCGUCCCAGCGCCUGCGCAGAAGCGCGUGCUGGGAGCCCGUCGCGGAGGCGGGGGGCACAGGGAGCGGGAGCUGCGGCCGUCGCCGCCGCCGCCGCUGCCGCCGCCGGAGCUAAGCGCGGGGACCGAGAUGCAGGUGGGACCGGAACCGGAACCCCCCUCUUCAAGUGCCUCUUUCCUCUCCGGACUCGACCCUGUCGUCUGAGAAGCCUGGGCGGGGGUGGGCGUGGGGGCUCGGGGCUGGAGGGGUGCUCGGCUCCCGAGAGGGCAGCAGAUAGUUGGUCCCUCGGAGGCUCCGGCCCAGGGGCUUGUGGAGGGUGUCCAACGACUAGGAUCGGGUCCGAGUGAUUAACCACGGGGCCCGGAGGGUCCGAACCUGGAGCGCAGCCUGCACCCUCCACCACCCGCCCUUCUGGAAUGUCAGAACUAAGCCAAGAGGCAGGUGCACCGGAAAACUGUGACUGAGCCGUCUUGGCAGAAGAGAAACUGAGUCACCAGUCCAGGAACCGCAGGGUCAGCGGGCCUGAAGGGGGCUGGGUCGGCCAGUAGUGCUGAGGGCUGGGUGGGCCUGUGUGAGCCGAGGUAGCCUCUGGCUGGGGACUGUCUCUGCCGUGCCUGCGCCUCUUGGCCCCGAUUCCCCUGUGCUCUGUGACUCCCGCAUCUCCUGGCUGCUUCUCCCUGGUUUGGAGUUGUCCCUGUGGUUGGAGCCAUCGGACUGUUGCCGCACAUCCCGUGUCUUCUGGCUGCUUCCCUAUUUGUUCCCCGCAGGCUUCCCUUGUCCUCCUCCUGGGGCCCAUCAUGAAUGGUGCCCCUUCCCCAGAGGAUGGGGUCUUCCCUUCUCCGCCAGCGCUGCCACCACCCCCUCCCCCAAGUUGGCAAGAGUUCUGUGAGUCCCAUGCGAGGGCAGCUGCCCUGGAUCUUGCCCGACGUUUUCGCCUCUACCUGGCCUCCCACCCACAGUAUGCAGAGCCGGGAGCAGAGGCCGCUUUUUCUGGCCGUUUUGCUGAGCUCUUCCUGCAGCACUUCGAAGCCGAGGUGGCUCGGGCCUCGGGCUCACUCUCCCCACCUGUCCUGGCUCCAUUGAGCCCUGGUGUGGAAAUCCCACCAUCACACGACCUGUCCCUUGAGAGCUGCAGGGUGGGUGGGCCCCUAGCAGUGUUGGGCCCUUCUCGAUCUUCUGAGGACCUGGCUGGCCCCCUUCCUUCCUCAGUCCCUUCCUCUACAACAUCCUCAAAGCCAAAGCUCAAGAAGCGCUUCUCCCUCCGCUCAGUGGGCCGUUCAGUCAGAGGCUCUGUUCGAGGCAUCCUGCAGUGGCGGGGUGCCGUUGACUCGCCCUCCCAAGCUGGGCCUCUGGAGACCACAUCCGGCCCUCCAGUUCUAGGUGGAAACAGCAACUCCAACUCCUCGGGUGGUGCUGGGACAGUUGGUAGGGCAUUGGCUAAUGAUGGCACAUCCCCUGGGGAGAGAUGGACUCAUCGAUUUGAGAGGCUGAGGCUAAGUCGUGGAGGGGGAACCCUGAAAGACGGAGCAGGAAUGAUACAGAGAGAAGAGCUGCUGAGUUUCAUGGGGGCUGAAGAGGCUGCCCCUGACCCAGCAGGAGUGGGUCGUGGAGGAGGGGCAGCUGGGCUGACCUCAGGAGGAGGAGGGCAGCCUCAGUGGCAAAAGUGUCGCUUACUGCUCCGGAGUGAAGGAGAAGGAGGAGGAGGAAGUCGCUUGGAGUUCUUUGUACCACCCAAGGCGUCCCGACCCCGUCUCAGCAUUCCCUGCUCUACUAUUACUGAUGUCCGCACAGCCACAGCCCUAGAGAUGCCUGACAGGGAGAACACGUUUGUGGUUAAGGUAGAAGGCCCUUCAGAGUACAUCCUGGAGACAAGUGAUGCGCUUCAUGUGAAGGCCUGGGUGUCUGACAUCCAGGAAUGCCUAAGCCCCGGACCCUGUCCUGCUAUCAGCCCCCGUCCCAUGACCCUUCCCCUGGCCCCUGGGACCUCCUUCUUCACAAAGGAUAACACAGACAGCCUGGAGUUGCCCUGCCUGAAUCAUUCAGAGAGUCUGCCUAGCCAGGAUCUGCUGCUGGGACCCAGCGAGAGUAACGACCGCCUGUCGCAGGGAGCUUAUGGGGGCCUCUCAGACCGGCCAUCGGCGUCCUUCUCCCCUAGUUCUGCCUCCAUUGCUGCCUCCCAUUUUGAUUCGAUGGAACUGCUUCCUCCAGAAUUGCCUCCUCGAAUUCCCAUUGAGGAGGGGCCUCCAGCAGGGACAGUUCAUCCCCUCUCUACCCCCUACCCUCCCCUGGAUACUCCAGAAGCAGCCACAGGAUCGUUCCUGUUCCAAGGGGAGUCAGAGGGGGGUGAGGGGGAUCAGCCCCUCUCAGGCUAUCCUUGGUUCCACGGCAUGCUCUCUCGACUCAAAGCUGCCCAGUUAGUGUUAGAAGGAGGCACUGGCUCCCAUGGUGUCUUCUUGGUACGCCAGAGUGAGACAAGGCGUGGUGAAUAUGUCCUCACUUUCAACUUCCAGGGCAAGGCCAAGCACCUGCGCUUGUCACUAAAUGAGGAGGGACAGUGCCGGGUCCAACAUCUGUGGUUCCAGUCCAUUUUCGAUAUGCUUGAGCACUUCCGGGUGCACCCCAUCCCUCUGGAGUCUGGAGGCUCCAGUGAUGUUGUCCUUGUCAGCUAUGUGCCCUCCCAGCGGCAGCAGGAACGGAGCACCUCCCGUGACCCAGCCCAGCCCUCUGAACCCCCUCCAUGGACAGAUCCCCCACAUCCUGGGGCAGAAGAGGCGUCGGGGGCGCCAGAAGUUGCGGCAGCCACAGCCGCAGCAGCCAAAGAGAGGCAAGAGAAAGAGAAAGCGGGCAGUGGAGGGGUCCAGGAAGAGCUGGUCCCCGUGGCUGAGCUGGUCCCCAUGGUUGAAUUGGAAGAGGCCAUAGCACCAGGCACUGAGGCUCAGGGUGGUGCUGGCUCUAGUGGGGACUUGGAGGUGUCCCUAAUGGUACAGCUCCAGCAGCUACCACUAGGGGGCAACGGAGAAGAAGGGGGUCACCCCCGAGCCAUUAAUAAUCAGUACUCAUUUGUGUGAGAUACCUGCCCACCCUCCAUUUUCCUGCUCCCAGCCUUAAGUUGUGAGACUGAGCUGGGUAGGAACACAGAGGAAAGUGGGAGUCCCCUCCCUACAUGCUUCCUGACCCUUGUCAGCCAAGGGUGUGUAUGUUGGUACAAGUUGAGGUUCAUGAGCCCUGUUAAGUCCCCAGUUACUACACACUACAGGUGCCCUUGCCCCAGGCCAAGGACUUGGGCUCCGUUACCUCCCUGAGGGGCUCUUAUGGUCAGCCCCAUCCCUGGGGGCUGUUUCCCCACUAAUAACCCCCAACCCAACCAAGGGUGAGGGGGAAGGGCUGUCAGUUAUAUUAAGGUUGUUGUUGUUGUUUUAAACAAAAUGGAAAAGCAUAAAUAAAUAAAGGGUUUAUCUCAGUUCCAUCAUGA